GCUGUGGUGUCGCCUCCCUGGCAACAAGAGGAGAUCAAUAACAUCCGCCCUGUCGGUGUCAGCAUCAGCUGGUGAUUUUAGGAGGAACGAAGAUCUGAUGUGGGAUUAAUCCGCGGUCAGAAAUGGACAAUCAUCAGGAAGGAGGCGUUAAAUACCUGAAGAGGAGAGUGAAGGGCUGCACUCUGGACGUCCACCCCACUGAGAAAGCCCUCGUGGUUCAGUACGAGGUGGAGGCGACCGUCCUGGGAGAGCUCGGGGACGCCAUAGUCGGAGAACGCAAGGAGUGUCAGAAAAUUAUCCGCCUGAAAAGCCUGAACGCCCACACGGACACGUCCUCUCUGGCCCGAAAGGUGGUGGAGGAAUGUCGCCUGAUUCACCCGUCCAAACUGAGCGAGGUGGAGCAACUGCUCUUCUAUUUACAGAAACGUAAAGAAUCAAACGACAAUCAGGAGAAGAAACGCAUCACGCCACGAGACUUCACACCUUACACAGGAGUGGAGCUGGACGAGGUGGCGAGCAUCAACAGCAUCGAUGAAUACGUGGAGCUGCUCUACGAGGACAUCCAGGAGAAGAUCCGAGGAGCCUCGCUCAUCUUUCAGCUCGCACAAAACCCCGACAACCUGGAGGAGCUCUUGCAGAACGAGACCGUCCUGGGAGCCCUGGCCCGGGUUCUGAGGGAGGACUGGAAGCAGAGCAUGGACCUGGCAACGACCAUCACCCACGUCUUCUUCUGCUUCUCCAGUUUCUCCCAGUUCCACGGCCUGGUCACACACUAUAAGAUCGGGGCGUUGUGUAUGAACAUGAUCGAGCACGAGCUGAAGAGGUACGACCUCUGGCAGGAAGAGCUGCAGAAGAAGAAGAAGGCUUAUGAAGAAUCUCCAGAGAACCAAAACCUGAAGAAGGAACACGAGAAGUCUCUCAGGAAGUACCAGAGCCUCCUGGUCAGACAGGAGCAGCUCCUCUCAGUGGCUCUGUGUCUGCUGCUGAACCUGGCUGAAGACACUCGCACCGAGCUGAAGAUGAGGAACAAAAACAUUGUCCACAUGCUGGUGAAGAUCCUGGACCGGAAAGACCAGGACCUGCUGCUGGUGGUUGUCUCCUUCCUCAAGAAGCUCUCCAUCUUCCUGGAGAACAAAAACGACAUGGCUGAAACAUCAGCAGUGGAGAAGCUGGCUCACCUCAUUCCCUCCGAACAUGAGGAGUUCCUGUGCACCUCCUUACGCCUCCUGCUCAACCUCUCGUUCGACACAACGCUGCGCAGCCAGAUGGUGCAGGCGGGACUCAUCCCCAAACUGUCCUCACUGCUCGCUGACGAGGCCCAGAGACAGCUCAGCAUGUGCAUUCUGUACCACAUCAGCAUGGACGACAGAUUCAAGUCCAUGUUUGCCGACACAGACUGCAUACCGCAGCUGAUGAGGAUGGUGUUUGACUCGGGGGAGAAGAUCGACGUGGAGCUCAUCUCUCUCUGCAUCAACCUGGCUGCCAACAAGAGCAACGCUCAGCUCAUCUGUGAAGGUAACGGUCUGAAGAUGCUGAUGAAGCGUGCCGUGAAGCUGAAGGACGUCCUGGUGAUGAAGAUGAUCAGAAACCUUUCUCAGCACAGCGGACCCACAAAGAGCCUCUUCCUGGACCACGUCGGUGACCUCGCCGCUCAGAUCAGCGAGGAAGAGGCCGAAGAGUUUGUGAUCGAGUGUCUCGGCACGCUGGCCAACCUGACCAUCCCUGACCUGGACUGGGCUCUGGUCCUCAAAGAGUACAACCUGGUGCCCUACCUGAAGGACCGCCUCAAACCAGGCACUGCUGAAGAGGACCUCAUGCUGGAGGUGGUCAUCAUGAUCGGCACCGUGUCCAUGGACGACUCCUGUGCAGCCAUGUUGGCAAAGUCUGGCAUCAUUCCUGCUCUCAUCGAGCUGCUCAAUGCCCAACAGGAGGAUGAUGAGUUUGUGUGUCAGAUUGUCUACGUCUUCUACCAGAUGGUUUUUCACAAAGCCACCAGAGACGUCAUUGUCAAAGACACCCAAGCACCGGCGUACCUCAUCGACCUGAUGCACGAUAAGAAUGCAGAGAUACGCAAAGUCUGCAACAACACGUUGGAUAUCAUCGCUGAGUACGACGAAGAAUGGGGGAAGAAGAUCCAGACAGAGAAGUUCCGCUGGUACAACGGUCAGUGGUUGGAGAUGGUGGAGAACCGUCAGAUGGAUGAAACAGGAGAGCCUUUCAUGUACGGGGAUGACGGAGAAUCCUACAUUGGGAACGGAGACAUCCUGGAGAGACCCGACCUGUUCUACAGUGCAGAUGGGAUCAUCUCAGCAGAUGGCACCAUCAGUCCUGAGUUCUACAGCGACUUUCAGAACAGAGACCUGGGUCAGACCGGAUACAUUAGCAGUGUGUCGGAGCAGUUCCUCCCAACAGAUCGUCCCGUCAGCGCCUACGGUUUCAGACCUGAUGAACAGUUCUUCCUGAACUACAACAGCGCCCGCUAAACCAGGAACGUCUCACUAAAUAUGAAUAUUCAUAUCCACCAUGUGUCUUUAUUUAUGAACGUUCAGA